CGUGCCGCGCGCCGGCCUCCUCCGCCGGGGCGGCCCAAGAUGGCGGUGCAAGAGUCGGCUGCCCAGCUGUCCAUGACCCUGAAGGUGCAGGAGUACCCGACCCUCAAGGUGCCCUACGAGACACUGAAUAAACGCUUCCGAGCUGCCCAGAAGAACAUUGACCGGGAAACGAGCCACGUCACCAUGGUGGUGGCUGAGCUGGAGAAGACCUUGAGCAGCUGCCCAGCUGUGGACUCUGUGGUCAGCCUCCUGGAUGGCGUGGUAGAAAAGCUCAGCGUCCUCAAACGGAAGGCAGUGGAGUCCAUCCAGGCAGAGGACGAGAGCGCCAAGCUGUGCAAGCGCCGGAUCGAGCACCUCAAGGAACACAGCAGUGACCAGCCGGCGGCAGCCAGCCUGUGGAAGCGGAAGCGCAUGGACCGCAUGAUGGUGGAGCACCUGCUGCGCUGCGGCUACUACAACACAGCCGUGAAGCUGGCGCGCCAGAGCGGCAUUGAGGACCUGGUGAAUAUUGAGAUGUUCCUGACAGCCAAAGAAGUGGAGGAGUCCCUGGAGAGGCGUGAGACGGCCACCUGCCUGGCCUGGUGCCAUGACAACAAGUCCCGGCUCCGGAAGAUGAAGAGCUGCCUGGAGUUCAGCCUCAGGAUCCAGGAGUUCAUCGAGCUUGUACGGCAGAACAAGCGCCUAGAUGCCGUGAGGCACGCAAGGAAGCACUUCAGCCAGGCGGAGGGGAGCCAGCUGGAUGAGGUCCGCCAGGUCAUGGGCAUGCUGGCCUUCCCACCAGACACGCACAUUUCCCCAUACAAGGACCUUCUGGACCCAGCGCGAUGGCGGAUGCUGAUCCAGCAGUUCCGGUACGAUAAUUACCGCCUGCACCAGCUGGGGAACAGCUCCGUGUUCACACUCACUCUGCAGGCUGGCCUCUCAGCAAUCAAGACACCACAGUGCUACAAGGAGGACGGCAGUUCCAAGAGCCCCGACUGCCCGGUGUGCAGCCGCUCCCUGAACAAGCUGGCCCAGCCCCUCCCCAUGGCCCACUGUGCCAACUCCCGCCUGGUCUGCAAGAUCUCCGGUGACGUGAUGAAUGAGAACAACCCACCUAUGAUGCUGCCCAACGGCUACGUCUACGGCUACAACUCUCUGCUUUCUAUCCGUCAAGAUGAUAAAGUUGUUUGCCCGAGAACCAAAGAAGUCUUCCACUUCUCACAGGCCGAGAAGGUGUACAUCAUGUAGACCCGUGCGCCAGGUGCACGCCCUGGACCGCACCCUCCUCCUGUCCCGACCCCAGCCUGCCUCGGCGUUUCUGUUUCUUGCGACCAAAGAUCAGUGAGCAACAACAAACACUCUUAGGGAGAGAGGAAGUGAGAUUUGAUAAGUUUGUAAUUGAAAACGACAUUUUGAUGAGUAGGAUUUUGUAACAUGCUUCCGCAAGUACUGCACCUCUCAGAGCAGCCUUCUCUACAGACUGCCCUAACAGUGAAGGACUCUAGAGCAUCUCAAAACCAGGAACGACCUCCCCGUGUUCUCAGUCUCCUCCACCUGCUGACAAGGAGACUAGGGAGCUUGAGGAAUGGGCUGGUCCUUUCCCAAGUGCUGGCUGUGGCCGGGGUGAGGAUUCCGGUGCAGCACACGGGGCCUUUCCUGACUUCACCCCAGAGCUGUGCACCGCUGGGGACGCCAGGGUGUGGCGUCUUGGCCAGGCCCUGUGUGCACAGGUUCGGGGUCUUGUCCUCUGCGUGCCGCCUUACUUCCUGCUUUGAGAAUGUAUCAUGUGGAAAUCCACUGGACCGCGUUUCUGCAGAGGCCUUGCUGAUGGCUCGGUAACCCUAGAGUCUCACUGCUAUUCCGAAGUACUGUGGGGUUUCAGACACACGAACCUGUAGUUCACACACACAUUGUAGAGGUUUGUAUCUAGCGCUUAUUUUUGCAUGUUGAUGUUGAUUAGCUAAUAAGCUGUAAAUGUAAAACGUGUUAAUAAAACGGCUUCUAUUUCUCAUU